CCCCCCCCCAGGCUCGCACCCCGGCCGCUGCCUUCUUCCAGGCUCGCACCCCGGCCGCCGCCUUCCUUCUCUGAGGCUCGCCCUCCGGCCGCCGCCCCGCUUCUCUGAGGCUCGCCCUCCGGCCGCCGCCUUCAGCCGCUCAGGCCGCGCGGCGGCUCGCGUAGGGCCUUGUUGCGUUUCAUCUCGGGGGUCGCGGAGGCAGGGGCGGGGCGCUGAGCGGUCCCCCGGGGCUUCUCCUUCGCGUCCUCCCCAGGUCGCCUGCCCGCCCGCCUUCCUCCGCAGUCCGGAGCCAGGCGGAGCCCAGACCUGGCGGGGACAGCCGCACCCCCGGCCCGGCACCCAGAGCCUGCCGCCACCACCGCCACCGUCCAUCGUUGGUAUCGGCAAUGGCCUAUGUAUCGCCCGAUGUGCUUGUGACUGAUUUGGACCCAGAAUAUUGAGGACUCACGUCUGUCCCCACCAUCCCAGCCGUGCCCGCCCCGUGAGGGCUUAGCUGCAGCGCCGCUAGACUGCCCGACUUGGAGAGCACCAUGGACCAGAGUGGGAUGGAGAUUCCUGUGACUCUCGUCAUUAAAGCACCGAAUCAGAAAUACAGUGACCAGACUAUUAGCUGCUUCUUGAACUGGACCGUGGGGAAACUAAAAACGCAUCUAUCUAACGUGUACCCUAGCAAACCAUUGACGAAGGACCAGAGGUUGGUGUAUUCAGGCAGACUGCUUCCUGACCAUCUGCAGCUGAAAGACAUUCUCAGAAAACAAGAUGAGUAUCAUAUGGUUCAUCUAGUCUGUACUUCUCGGAGUCCUCCAAGUUCUCCAAAAUCCAGCACCAAUAGAGAAAGUCACGAAGCACUGGCAUCCAGCACCAAUUCUAAUUCAGAUCACUCAGAUUCAACAACUCCAUCCCCCAGUCAAGAGAGUUCGUCAUUAGUUGCUGGUUCUUCAGAAGGAUUGAGGCAGCGCAUCCUUCCACAAGCACAAACUGACCCAGCCCAGAGUCAUCAGUUUCCAUAUGUAAUCCAAGGAAAUGUGGACCACCAGUUUCCUGGGCAAGCUGUGCCACCGGGGAUCCCAGUGUACCCUGCUCUCAGCCCACUGCAGAUGCUGUGGUGGCAGCAGAUGUAUGCUCAUCAGUAUUAUAUGCAAUAUCAAGCUGCAGUUACAGCUCAGGCCACAUCAAGUGCCAGCCCAGCCCAGCCUACUGCAUCACCACCUCUAAACUUGGCACAUGUUCCUGGAGAAGAGCCUCCACCAGCUCCCAACCUAGUAGCCCAAGACAACGGGCCCAUGAAUGAGAAUGUCCAAAUGAACGCGCAGGGGGGACCAGUGCUGAACGAGGAGGACUUCAACCGUGACUGGCUAGACUGGGUGUACACAUUCUCUCGGGCUGCAGUGCUGCUCAGCAUCGUAUACUUCUACUCCUCUUUUAGUCGGUUUAUCAUGGUAAUGGGAGCCAUGCUGCUGGUUUAUUUACACCAGGCUGGAUGGUUCCCUUUCAGGCAAGAAGGCGGUCAGCAACAGGUUCCUAACAAUGUUGACGUUAACAACGAAGGGCAGAAUGCAAACAAUCUAGAACUUGAAGAAAUGGAGCGUCUUAUGGAUGAUGGACUUGAAGACGAGAGUGGAGAAGAUGCAGGUGAAGAUGCCAGUGCAGUCCACAGGCCCGGCUUAAUGGCUUCAGCGUGGUCCUUUAUCACCACUUUUUUUACUUCACUAAUACCAGAGGGGCCUCCCCAAGUUGCCAAUUAGACCUGAAAAACUGUGCCAGCUGCAAAGGAGGGUUUGACUUUAGAAAAGUGGUUUAAAUAACAGUGCAAUUUCAAAAAAAAAAAAAAAAUGUAUAACUUUCUUUUGAUGAUCAUGUACAGAGGUCUUUUCUUUAAGCUUCUCACGCAUAUGAAUAUUUUAAGCACAAAUGGACUACUAAGCGUGUGAUUUUUUUUGUUUGUUUAAAGAUCCUAACAGAACAUAGCAUAACAGUACUGGUCUUCCAGUUUUAUUCAUUUCAAUUAUGUGUAGUGCGCCAAGCAGAACCACUGUGUGUUGUUUCUUUAAAGAGCUGCUACACCUUUAAAUGUCCAUAGCUAGAUGGCCAGCCCUUCAAUGUAUCCUUUGAAAAAUAUAUCUAUUUUCUGUGAAUUAUCCUGAAAGUUUUAAACAGAAAUGACCUCAUAGUUUUUAAUAAAGAAGUUUAUUUACCUAAAAUGUGCUAGUAGCAUCUUGCCCACCCAUAAAGCAAUAAACUUCUCAAAAAUCUUAAUUUUGACAUUUGAAUAAAUGAUGGAAACUUUCUAUUUUAAGGACACAUGUCGCAUCAGUUGGAAUUAGUAUCUUAAAAGAAACAAAAGGCAGCUCUUCAUUGGAAUUAAGUGAUAUAAAAUGUUUGAUAUGGCAGAACUUUUAUAAAAUAUGCUGGAAAUUGCUCCCUGUAAUUUUUUAAAUAAAAAGUCAAUUAUGAUAAAUA